GGUAACGCCCUACCUGGGCCCAGGUGCGCCCGGCUCUGCGUCUCUCGGUAGCUGGGCUCGCGCGAUGGAGCAGACCCAGGCGGCGUCGGAAGGAGACCAGGCCGAGUUCCCGAUGAAGCCCUUGGGGAGCCAGGUCGCGGAGCCGCAGCAGCCGCAGGUCUCCGCCAGCGAGCGACGGCUUGAGAGUCCCGAGAGCAGCCCGCGUCUGGUCCCGGCCGUAAAGGGGGCGGAGGGCACGGGCCGGGACCUCGCCGGCGGGAAGAAGCAGCCCCCGCCCCGCCCGGCGUUCCUGCGGCUGCCGCCACCCAGCCUGGGCUACGGCGCCUUCCGCCGCCAGGCGUCCGCAGGCUCCGAGCCGCCGUCGCCCGAGGGAGUGAGAAAGUUCUCGCGGUGGGACGGCGGAGCGGUGGUGGAAACGCUGGUUUUGUUCUUUCGCCGCAAACAGCUCAAUUCUGACCUGUCCUGCUUGUCCCCUCCCCCAGGGCUGCCUUUGUACCUGAAGUCCCUGCGCUGGGCCCUAGCAAUCAUGGCCGUGUUUCUGGCCGUGUCUGCAGUCGCCAUUGUGGUCCUGGCUUCUAGAACAGGGGUCACGUGCCGGCCGUGCCCCCCGGGCUGGAUGUGGUGUGAGGAGCAUUGCUACUACCUUUCCGCCGAGGCUCGGGCCUGGGAGGCCAGCCAGGCCUUCUGCUUGGCUCACCACGCCACCCUCCCUCUGCUGGACCACACCAAGGACUUCCUGAGCAGAUACCCACUCACCAAGCACUCCUGGCUGGGGGCCCGGCGAGGCCCCCAGGGCUGGCACUGGAUCGACGGGGCCCCACUACCACCCCAGCUACUCCCGGAGGAAGAUGAGGACCAGCCGGGUCUCAAGUGCGGGGGCCUGGAGGAAGGCAAGCUUGUGGCUUGGGACUGUGCCUCUCCAAGACCCUGGGUCUGCGCCAGGGGGACCAAGUGAUUCAGGUUCUGCCCAUCUGGGGACUUCAGGGUGUGUGGCCCCGAGUAGAAGCCAGGUUGCCAGCGGGGGUAGCCGCUCCCCACCCCCGCAGGCUUCUAGAUGUGCCUGCUCUGCGCUGAGGGGCCCUGUCUGAGUGAACCCAGGACCAGAUUUCCGGUGCAUGCAGAUCACCACCAGGGGAACAAAGGUUUUCUGGGGCCCCGGGCAGAGUAUUUUAGCCUCCAGCUUCGGAAGUGGAUUCGUUCGGUUACCUUGGGAUAGUUUCUGAGCACUUUGGAGCCUGCGUUUCUCCCUCAUUAAAAUGGCGUUUCCCACCCUA